AUGGCUUGGGGCUGGAACGAAUCCGAGAGGGCACACCAGGAGGUGUACAACGGUGAGCAGCACCACGAGGGCAAGUUCUCUCACGAGUUCGCUGCCGGUGCCGCUUCCUUUGCCGGCAUGAAGGCCUACGAGGACCACCAGCGCAAGGAGGGCAAGCCCGUCAGCCACGCCUUCGCCAAGGAGCUCCUCGCCGGUAUCGUCGGCGGCGAGGUCGACAAGCUCGUCGAGAGCAAGGGUAUGGACUGGGUUGACCGCGAGAAGGCCCAGCACCACGCCAAGAAGAACGCCGAGCACAUGUACGAGGAGCGUUACGAGCGUGGCAACUACUAA